AUGACAGUAGUGGUAAUGUGCUCAUUGAGAAAGGGUGAAGAGAAAAAUUUAACAAAAGCUUCGAAAAUUGUUUCCAUGCCUGAAGUACGGAAGUUCAAAUUAGACUUGUCCGAGAAACAGCAGCAAGAAGUGGAUGUAGAUUUGGAUGCACAGUUAGACGAUAUUGGGUGUGAGACACCAGCAGCACCGGAAGGAACGCCAGAAGUGGUUUCCACCGAUGCUCUGCAGAAAACUAAACGAAAAGAUGAAGGAUAUAAAGAAGAAGCGAAAAAAGAAGAAUCAACACAAAGCAGUUUGAAAAAGCGCAGGAAACCAAGAAGAAGCAUACACAGCCAAUCAGGCUCGAAAAUUACAAAAGAAUUGAAAGAGAAGCAGUGGGAACAAUCUACUGGAGAAAAUGAAGUAUUGUUUUAG